AUGGAGGGGCCCGUGUUAACGUUGGGGCUGCUGGCUAUACUGGUCGUGUGUGCACCUCGUCCCUAUCCCUACCCCUCCCCAGGCAGCUGGGGUCUGAACGAGGAGGAGAGACUCAUCCGCUACCUGUUUGAAGAGAAAGGUUACAACAAGGAGCUCCGGCCUGUGGCGCACAAGGAAGAGAGUGUGGAGGUCUCCCUGGCCCUCACGCUCUCCAACCUCAUCUCCCUGAAAGAAGUAGAAGAGACCCUGACCACUAACGUGUGGAUUGAGCACGGCUGGACAGACAGCCGGCUGCAAUGGGACGCUGAAGACUUUGGAAACAUCAGUGUCCUGCGCCUGCCGCCUGACAUGCUGUGGCUCCCAGAGAUUGUGCUGGAGAACAACAAUGACGGCUCCUUCCAGAUUUCCUACUCCUGCAACGUGCUCAUCUACCCCUCGGGCUACGUGUACUGGCUUCCGCCUGCCAUCUUCUGCUCCUCCUGCCCCAUCUCUGUCACCUACUUCCCCUUCGACUGGCAGAACUGCUCCCUCAAGUUCAGUUCCCUCAAGUACACAGCCAAGGAGAUCACCCUGAGUCUGAAGCAGGAGGAAGAAGAGGGCCGCUUCUAUCCGGUGGAGUGGAUCAUCAUCGACCCCGAGGGCUUCACAGAGAACGGGGAAUGGGAGAUAGUGCACCGGCCAGCCAGGAUCAACGUGGACCCCAGCAUCCCACUGGACAGUCCCGGCCACCAGGAUGUGACCUUUUACCUCAUCAUCCGCCGCAAGCCCCUCUUCUAUGUCAUCAACAUCCUGGUGCCCUGUGUGCUCAUCUCCUUCAUGAUCAACCUGGUCUUCUACCUGCCGGCUGACAGUGGCGAGAAGACCUCAAUGGCCAUCUCAGUGCUUCUGGCUCAAUCCGUCUUCCUGCUGCUCAUCUCCAAGCGGCUGCCUGCCACGUCCAUGGCCAUCCCCCUCAUCGGCAAGUUCCUGCUCUUCGGCAUGGUGCUGGUGACCAUAGUCGUGGUGAUCUGUGUCAUCGUGCUCAACAUCCACUUUCGCACACCCAGCACCCACGUGCUGUCUGAGGGGGUCAAGAAGCUCUUCCUGGAGACCCUGCCGGAACUCCUACACAUGUCCCGCCCAGCAGAGGAUGGGCCCAGCCCAGGGGCUCUCAUCCGGAGGAGCAGCUCCCUGGGCUACAUCUCGAAAGCUGAGGAGUACUUCUUGCUCAAGUCCCGAAGUGACCUCAUGUUUGAGAAGCAGUCCGAGCGGCACGGGCUGGCCCGGCGCCCCACCACUGCACGCCGGCCCCCUGCAGGCUCCGAGCAAGCCCAGCAGGAGCUCUUCAGUGAGCUGAAGCCAGCUGUGGAUGGGGCCAACUUCAUCGUCAACCACAUGAAGGACCAGAACGAUUACAACGAGGAGAAGGACUGCUGGAACCGAGUGGCCCGCACAGUGGACCGACUCUGCCUAUUUGUGGUGACACCCAUCAUGGUGGUGGGCACGGCCUGGAUCUUCCUGCAGGGUGCCUACAACCAGCCUCCAUCUCAGCCCUUCCCCGGGGACCCCUUUUCCUACCACGAGCAGGACAAGCGCUUCAUCUAGAGUAGGCCUGCCCUGCCCCGCUGGCCCAGCUCCCAGACAGCUGCGGGUGGGGCCUCUGGCCUGGAAGGGAUG